AUGAGUGAUUUGAGACCCUACUUGUUGAGUCAAAAUAAAAGUGUGCAUCAUUUCCAAAACGCCUUCUUCAAACAAGAACCAUCACCUAGCAAGUCCCAUCGUAAAUAACUAGAAUAACAUGGAUCCCCUAAUCAUUUGUCAACCUCUCUUUCCUUUUCCAAGUCAUUUGCCAACAAGCCACAACAAUCCCAAUCCGACACAUCUUAUGUCUACUACCUUAUCCAGUAAAUCAAACAGAUGGAGUAGACAAUUGAAGAAUUGAAAUAGGAGAAUCAGUUAUUGAAAUCACAACAGAAGAUAGGAUUCCUGGAUUUACAAUUUCAACACAAUUAAAUGAAUAAAUAUCAUAGUAUAUUGAAAUCUGUGCAACAAGUCAAGUUGGAUAACAUUAAAUUAAAAAAAAGCAUAGAAUAAAUGAAUCUGAUGAUGAAAAUCCAUAUGGCACCUGUGAAUGAAAUGCUCUCAUAAUUGAUUCAUCCAGAAAGCACUGUAAUUUAACAAAAAGAAUUAAAAAAUCACUAGUAGAGUGAUUCAAUUAAUGAAUCAACAUUAAAUGUCAAAAUACACGCCAACAUUAGCAAAUAUUAAUCUAAUUAUAACAAGUAUUCAAAAUGUAAAACUGAAACCCAAUUCAAGGAUUAAAAAUGAAUAUAUAUAUAUAUAUUAAAACCAACCAUAUAAAUAGUAAACC